CUUGUCAAGCAUGAAGACUGGAAGUGCUUAGUGUGAUAUGCCACAAGUCGCUUAAGCCUCUAAGAGGCAAAGCGGGUUGAAGACGGAGCAGGCCGCAAGAUGAGCCUUGAGGUCGAUGGGCAAAGAUACAAGGAGAUCGAGGUUAUCGCGGCGGAAAUGGAGAACCGCCUGCGAGAAUCGGUCCUCCGAGUGCUACGACCGACUUUGUCACAAGUGUCAGAGUUGGACAUGCUGCACCGGGACCUCAAGCGACGAGUGGACGAGGAUGGCAAGUCCAUCGGCAAAGUGGACGAGCUGCAGAGUGACGUCAUCAAGAACGGCCACCUUGUUAAGGCGUUGGAAGAAGCUGUGACUUCCACCUCCGACCAGGUCCGUGACAUGGAAGCCACCAGCAGCAAGCGCUUUGUGCAGCUUCAGACAGCCUUCGAUCUGUCGCAGUCUACCCUGUCUGGGUACAAGAAUGACAUCAUGCGGUUGGAGCGCGAGGACACGCGCAUUUGGGAUGAAGCUACAAGGCUUCAGAAGCAGCACGACGAGGAUGUGAGCAACAAUCGCGACGCGGUGAACGGCUGUCACAAGCGCAUCAUCCGAGUUCGUGAGGAGUGUGACGCGGCUCUCCUUGUCAUGAACCAGCAGAGGGAACAGCUGCUGGAGGACCUCUUCGGCGAGGAUAGAGGCCUCAGCCAGCUCAACAAGGAUUUGAAGAAGCUCACAGACUUUGUGUCGCCCAUACCAGACUUGAUCAGGGAGAUGGCCGAGAACCAGCGAGCUGUGAAGAACAUGGCGAAGCGGCAGGAGGCCUUUGAGAAGGAGUUUGUCCAGAACAGGCACGACUGGCAGGAAUACGUGCAAACACAGGACGUGGCGGUGGCGGACAUGAAAGCAACCUUCAAGAAGGAGUGCAACUUCCUAGUCGCGCACAACUCUCAAAUCAUGAAGGACAUUCGCAGAGACUAUGCGAAGGAAAUGGAACACAUCCAAGAGAUGCGAGAGGGCAUCACGAAGACCCUCGAGCAGCUGGGCCAAACCCUGCACACGAUGGAAGACAAGCUCGCCAUUGAAAGGCGCCGCAUUGACACCAUCCACUGUGAGAUUACCAAGGAGAUAGACGAUUUGCACAAGUGGCGCAAUACAGACCGCGCAUUCAUGGAAGCGGACAUCCACCAGUUCCGAACCGAAAUGAAAGCGGAGAAAGACACCCAGACACAGAUCCGAAGCCAGGUUGAUACCGUUACCAGGCUAAUGGGCUUGCUGCUGGAGGGCUGCCGGGUAGGCUGCGCUUUGUCCAUCCAAGACUUCGCCGAUAGAAGCCGCGAACGCUGGCUUUGUAUGAGCGGAGAACGCCCGGAUCAAGCCGAGCCCAUGAAACCUUCAGAGCUGGAGAAGCAGCGCCAGCGGAAGGACAUGCGCUUCUCAGACAUGACGGAAGUCAUCGCAGACCUAAAAAGCCGGGGCCUGAUGCGUUCCGGGUACCAGCCGGGGAAAGUCCUAUUCAGUGGCCACAACUUCGACAGGCGAGACCUCCUGAUCCUCAACAGCCGGCUCUUGGUGAAGGCGCAACAGGCCUACUCAGAGAGCGCGGAGAUUGCCCCAAGCAUCAUGCAGGUAGAGAAGCCUGAGAAGCCAGCGCCUCCCCGGUCCAUGGCAAACUCGCUGAAAGGUCACGAGACUGCCCAGAAUGAUCACAAAGGCCUCAUCAUCUCCACGCUUCCUGUGAUGAAGGAAGGCCAGGAAGAAGAUGGCACGGGGUAUCCGCCCAAACGCAGCACAAAGGGCCCACAGCCCGCACAAUCAAGUGCCCCGCGCCGGAUGCUGGCAUCAUCCGCAGGCUUUGACGGCAUUGUCAGCGCAGGAAAUACCCAGAGUGAGUGGACCAAGUUGCCAGCCAUCCAGUCGGCACGAACUCGGACGGACCCACCAAAGGUGGCGACCCCUCCGACUAGCCGCCCUGGGACAGGCAACUUUACCGCGCGCUGAGCUCCACGAGUUCGUUCAGUGGCCCAAUGAGUUUUUGUUCAUCGGUCAUUUCGUCCUGCCUUGAAGAGGCCACGAAUUUAAACUGAGCCACCAGGGCACAGUUAUGAGGCUUGCCAAGCAAGCCAGGUCCGAAUGGCAUUGUUAAUGGGCUGCAUCUCAAC